AGUGACAAUGACAUCAUGGGCGAGGACCACGUUGAUGACAUCAUGAACAAAAUCCAGAGUUUCUUGGUUCAAGGGUGCAGUUUAGAGUCCGACCUGCAGGAGGUGCUGGAGUCCUCCAGGCGUCUGGUCCCUCAUUUAGAUCCCAGUGGCGCCUCUUUGCUCCGAUCACAGUGCAGGGUGUUGACCCGGGGCCUGGUCCAACUGAGCGAGCGACUGACCCGGCGACAGGAGCGACUGCAGGAGGAGCGACAGAGUCUGACCCGGCUUCACAGUCUCCUGGACUCUCUGGAGGAAACACUGGCUCUGUGGCUGCAGCGUCUGAACUCCCGGGACCAGGGUCCCACCCUGGACCAGGGCCUCCCCCGGGACCAGGGUCACACAGGGGAUCAGAGCCAGACUCAGAACCAGUGGAGCUUCCUUCAGUUCAGCGGGAGGUCAGCUGACCUGGACCUUGUGAACGAGAUGAGCCAUGACGUGUUGCUUAGUGACGCCACGACUCGUCGUCUGCAGCUGCUGAACCUCCACUGGAGCGCUGCCGCAGCCAGAGCAGAGGAGACAUGCAGUGUGUUGCAGGCGCAGGUCUUGAGUCAGCAAGACUUCCAGCGUCAGUGCGACCUCUGGACGUCAUUCCUCCAGAAAAUGGAAGAGAAUGUAGCAGUUGAUGUAUCCGGAAGUUACUCUGGACUCAGGGAGCAACUGUGUACACACAAGUGGUUCCAGGCCGAGCUGUCGUCCGGUCACCAGAUUUUUCAUUCGGUGGAGUCCGAAGCUCUUCAGCAACUGCAGCGAGGUCACGUGGAGAACAGUACCGACUUUGUCCUCACGCUUGCGCAACUCCGAGAGCGCUGGCAGACGGCGCUGCAGCGCGUCGAGCAGCGACGCUCUCUGGUGGAGGGUCUAGUCAAGCGCUGGCAUCGUUACGAACGCGGCCUCAGGAGACUGCAGAGGUUUUUGACAGACGUGCGAGCGCUACUGCCCCCUGCUGGACCUCCACGGUGCACCCUGCAGCAGCUCCGCCUCUCGCUACAAGAGCUAAAGUUUUCCCAGCAGCUCUUCCAGCAGAACCAGAGCGGGCUGGCCAGCACUCUGGAACUGGGGCGACAGCUCUUCUGCGCAGGCGACCAGGACACUCAGAACCAGAUCCAGGAGCAGCUGGGGACCCUGCACGAGGACUGGGAGAUGCUGAACCGGCUGUUGGGCCACAGACUGGACCUGACCCAAACCAUCAUCCAGAACUGGGAACGCUGUGAGACCGGACUUCUGGCUGAGAAGCAGAAGCUGGACAAGGUUGGUUCCAGACUGGAGAAGCUGCUUCCAGAGGACCCAGAGCAGCUGAUGACCUUUGACCUGAUCGAGGAGCAGGAGGACAGGGACUUGCUGGAGAGCUGGGCCGAGCGUCUGGCAGAGUUAAGCGCCAUGAAGUCAGAUGUGUCACAGUUCCUACUGGCGGACGACCAGAUGCUGCUGCAGCAGCAAGUGGAGGAGAUGCAGCAGGAGUGGGAGGAGCUUUGCCUACAGGUUUCCCUGCGUGAGCAAGAGAUCGCCGACCGCCUGAACGCUUGGAUGAUGUUCGACCAGAAGAAUAAGGAACUCUGUGACUGGCUGACGCAGAUGGAGAACAAGGUGACGCCGACCUCUGACCUCAACAUUGAGGAGAUGGUGGAGAAGCUCAAGAAGGACUGCAUGGAGGAGAUGAACCUUUUCAGUGAGAACAAAACCCACCUGAAGCAGCUCGGCGAUCAGCUGAUCACGGCGAGCAACAAGGCCAAAGGGGCGGAGCUAAACCACAAGCUGAGCGACGUCAAUGAACGCUGGCAGCACUUGUUUGACCACAUUGAGACCAGAGUGAAGAAGCUGAAGGAGACUCUAGCCACGGUCCAACAGCUGGACCACAACAUGAACCAGCUCCGAACCUGGAUGAGCCAAGUGGAGUCGGAUCUUGCGGCGCCGCUGAUCUACAGUGCCUGUCACCAGAAUGAGAUCCAGAGCAAACUGACAGAGCACCAGGAGCUCCAGAGGAGGAUCGAGCGGCAUGCCGACAGGGUGUCACUGGUUCUGACUCUCUGCGAUGUUCUGCUCCACGACCGCGACGCCGGUGCCAGCGACCCGGAGAAUGACUACGUCCGGCAGACGAGCGUCAGUCUGGACCGGCGCUGGAGGAACAUCUGCGCUUCCACACUAGACCGCAGGAUAAGGAUCGAGGAGACCGGGCGUCUCUGGUCCAAAUUCCUGGGCCUCUCCUCCGAACUACACGACUGGCUGCAGGUGGCAGAGCGGACCGCGGCGACCCCCGACACCUCAGAUGUUCCCUACCUCCUAGCUCGUGAGGAGCUGAAGAGGUUUGAGGCCUUCCAGCGGCAGGUGCACGAGCGGCUGACUCAGUUGGAGCUCAUCAACAAGCAGUACCGGCGUCUGGCCUGCGAGAACCGCACUGACACCUCAGGCGAGCUGAAGGAUCUGGUGGAGCGGGGGAACCGAAGGUGGGACGAGCUGCGCCGCCGCGUGGCCGCUAUCUUACGCAGGUUGAAGCACUUCACCUUGCAGAGAGAAGAGUUCGAGGCCACGAGGGAGGGACUACUGGUCUGGCUGACCGAGCUGGACCUGCAGCUGACCAACGUGGAGCACUUCUCUGAGAGUCACGUCCAGAAGAAGAUGGAGCAGCUCUAUGGCUUCCAGCAAGACAUCACGCUGCACACGGACCAGAUCGACGCACUGAUCGUGUUCGGGGAGGUUCUGAUCCAGAAGAGUUGCGCGGGAGACGCCGUGCUGAUCGAGGACGAGCUGGAGGAGCUGCACUCGUACUGCCAGGAGGUCUUCGGCCGCGUCGCUCGCUUUCACCACAGACUCAUGGCGAAACAGAAGCCGCAAUACGUGUUGAUUGAGACCGACAUGUCACAUGACCUCACGUCCUGGUCGGAGACGUUGGAGCAGUCGAGUCCAGCGGGCGGUAAAACGUCAGCCCAUCGUGUCACGUGUCACCUGCUGGCACCCCCUGCUGAGCGCUGCGGCAGAGAGACACCGGUCAGCGUGGACUCUCUUCCUCUGGAGUGGGACCACACAGUGGACGUGGGCCGAACUUCCUCCCGUGAUGAUGAUGACGCUGUUGACUUCUGUGAGCUGUCAGGGAGGUCACCGGCCGAAGAAUUCUGGACCUGUCCUGGACCUCGGGAGACGAAGCUACAGAACCACCACGACAAAAACGCGAGGGCCGGUCCUGGUAGCCACCAGCAGGGAUAUGUGAGCCUGCUGAGCGACUGCUCCUGCAGCAUCGACAAAGUCCAACAAGUCCAGUUGACUCUGAAUGACCAUCAAGACUUUGAAGAGUCUGGACUCACCAGCAGCUCCAGCUAUAAACACCUAGACUCAGGAGUGAUCCAGCGGUGGGAGCUGCUGCAGUCCCAGUCAAGAGAAGAAGAACUGGAUCUGCAGUGGCAGAAGCUCAACACUGAGCUCAGUGAUGUCACUUCCUGGUUGGCUCAGGUCCUACCAGAACUAGAGCAGCUGCAACGGAUCGCACCGUGCUCCAACAUCCAAGACAUUGAGACCAAUAUCCAGAGACUUAAGGAGGUGCAACGAUCGUUCCAUAGUCACAAGUGUCAGAUGAUCUCAGUCAACCUUGCGGCUGCUCAGUUCCUGAGAGGGGACAGCGAGCAGCUGCAGGACGCCCUGAGCUGCGUCAAUCACAACUGGACUCUGGCCUGCGAGUCUCUGGACCUGUGGCAGAGGAAGCUGCGGAUCGGUCUGACACAGAACCAGGAGGUCCAGGAGUCUUUGCGCUCGCUGCUGCAGUGGGCCGCCUGUUUCCAAAACGCCGUCCAGCAGAUGCAGGUCACAGAUCCGGCCCUGAGCCAGGACCAGCUGCUGGACCACCAAACAUCAUUGACGGCGCUGCAGGAGGAACUACACUCUCGUCAGCGACAGCUAGCAUCGAUCCAAGCAAUGUCGUCGCAGCUGCUCGUGGACGCCGGCAGCUUCGGCGUGAGCGAGAAGCUUCGGGUGAUCUCCAGCAAGAUGAAGCUGCUGCAGCGACAGUGCGAUGACCACAUGGGGGCACUGCAGACGCGACUGACUUGUGACAGUGGUGGUGACACCACCUCACAACAGGUGAGGUCCUUGAAAAGUCAUGUGACUGAACGAGUGUGGAGCUCAAAUUUCCGUCUUCCCCAGGAGACGCCAGAGCUGCAGGCUGCAGCACCACACCUGGCCACCAGUGGACGGCAGCGACCUUUCAUCUUGCGCGUCCUGCGAGCGGCGUUCCCGCUACACGUGCUGUUCUUGACCCUGCUGGCUGUUGCUUGUCUGCUCGCUGCACCCGAAGACGACUACAGCUGCGUCACCUCCAACAACUUUGCUCGUUCAUUCUACCCGAUGCUCAGCUACACCAACGGACCGCCACCAACGUGACACCGCACCUGCAUCACCUUAUGAACUGGGACGACUACUACUCACACUGACCCUCAGGCUUGGUUUGGAUCUUUAUUUGUCCAGGCAAUAUUACACUGAGGCAUCAGAGCAACACAUUUUGAACAGACACGACCUGAAAAUAGAAUUCAAUAAACUAAAGUACUGUUCGUUGAGAAACGGAGAAAGAGGUUGAUAACAUUAUGCUAAUCACACAACCAUGCCAGGCGUAACGUUAGCUACCACAAGAGCGUACACGACACAAACUUCGAUUUAGUUGCGUUAGCAAUGUGGCUAUCUUAGACAAACGGCACCAAGUUCCAUAUUUCACUGUAAGAAAACACUUGAACACAACAUGCUUUUUAAAGCCGGAGCAGGUAGAAGUGAUGUGGUUUUUCUCGUACAAAGUUUAGAAAAGUAAUGAAAACACGUAGAAACAUUCACGUAAGCGCCGACACAGCGGCCCAUUUACGAAGAGGUUUAAAAACAUCGUACAAACACUGCCGAUAUCAAAACAGCUGACAUUCACAUCUACAAACAAAACAUGAAACUACAGUCACAGUUUGAAGACAACCACCCAAAUCUGGACUGGAUCACAAGACUCCUUGCCAAUGACGCAGUCCUCACAGCUGGAGCUGCGGCUCCGACCCUGGCUACGGACCCAGAACUGCGGACCUAAGAAGGAGAGUAAAAUCAGUCACCUUCCAUCAUCUUCCUCUUUUGCCAUGGGGCCAUACCCUCCAUCCUCUGUGUGACCAGCAGGUGGCGCUGCAGAGGGGAACAUGCAUCGGUCCUCAGCAGCUCCUGUUUCAGGCUCUUGGUUCUGGUCUGAGUGAG